AUGGCUGAAGAUGGAAACGUCCAGAAUCUUCUUCAAAACGACGUGCUUAACCGGACUUCCUUCCAUUUCCAACCUCAGAGAAACUGGCUCAACGCGCCAAUGUAUUACAAAGGAUUCUACCAUUUGUUCUACCAGCACAACCCUUUGGCUCCUAUAUUCAAUGGCAGAGUCAUAUGGGGACACUCUGUGUCACAAGAUAUGGUCAACUGGGUCCAACUCGAACCAGCCCUUCUUCCUUUUGAGCCCUUUGACAUAAACGGCUGCUGGUCUGGAUCCGCCACGAUCCUCCCUGAUGGCAAACCUGUGAUUCUCUACACCGGACGCAACGAGCCUGACAGACGUCAGGUUACAGUUCUUGCCGAACCUAAGGACGUUUCCGACCCUUUGCUUCGUGAGUGGGUGAAGCCAAAGUACAAUCCUGUGAUGGUUGCGCCAGAUAACGUCUCCAACUAUUGCUUCCGUGACCCUACGACCGCAUGGCAAGGGAAAGAUGGGAUAUGGAGAGUUCUCAUAGGAGCUAAGGAGACGGAUACUCAAAGAGGAAUAGCGAUUUUGUACCACAGCAAAGAUUUUGAACAAUGGACAAGGUAUCCGGUUCCUUUACUUACAUCACAAGUCACCGAAAUGUUGGAAUGCGUUGAUUUUUUCCCGGUUUCACUAACGGGCAAAGAAGGUGUAGAGAAUUCGGUGAACAAUGCUAGUGUGAGGCAUGUCUUGAAAGUCAGUUUUGAGGAAAGAGUCGGAGGCAAAGACUGUUAUGUUAUCGGUACAUAUUCUUCCGAGACUGAAGAGUUUUUGGCGGAUUCAGAGUUCACUAACACAAAUGCGGAUUUGAGAUAUGAUCAUGGAAUGUUUUACGCCUCGAAGGCCUUUUUCGAUAGCGCUAAGAAUCGGAGGAUCAACUGGGGAUGGGCUGUAGAGACUGAUAGCGAGGAAGGUGUUAUUCAGAAAGGAUGGGCUGGCCUAAUGUCUCUUCCCAGGGAAAUGUGGCUGGACACAAGUGGAAAGAGGCUGAUACAAUGGCCAAUCAAAGAAAUCAACAAUCUCCGGACCAGACAUGUUACUUUUGAUACAAGGCACCUCGCAAGCGGAGCGGAAUUUGAAAUCACAGGCAUUACUGCUGCACAAGCCGACGUUGAAGUGACAUUUGAGUUGCCUGUUCUGGAAGAUAAUCCCCUGAUACUGGUUUCUGACAAGGUUGAUGAUAAGGAUUUGUUCGACCGUGGCAACUUGGAUGGAUGUGUUUACGGGCCUUUUGGGUUGCUAGCAUUGGUCAGCAAUGAUUUAUCCGAACAAACCGCAAUCUUCUUCAAAAUUAUUCGUCGCGGAAACGGACAUUCGGUUAUAAUGGGCAGCGAUGAGAAGAAGUCUUCGCUGAGAGACAACGUACAAAAAUUUACGCAUGGAACAGACCUAGACAUUGAUCCAAGACAUGAGAAGAUCUCAUUAAGAUGCUUGAUCGAUCACUCGAUUAUAGAGAGCUACGGAGCAGGAGGAAGAAAUGUGAUAACCUCUAGAGUUUAUCCUAGAUUGGCGAUUAAUGAAGCAGCUAAGCUUUAUGUGUUCAAUGGUGGAACAAAUGGUGUAACCAUGUCGUCUCUGGAUGCUUGGAGCAUGAGAAAUGCUGAUAUCAAUACCAACGCAAUUUAGUUAAAGAUUUUUUUUUGUUAAAGAUAUUUAGUUAAAGAUUUUAUGCGUCCGUCUUUUGUAUUCAAGUUAUUGGUGUGCUUAUUACUUUAUUAUCAUUCCCUUGUGUUAAAUCAUUGUAAGUCUUCUCAUGUUUCAGAAUGAUAUUUCUCUAAUUAAUUUGCACGAAUUAUUUUCUUCAAGAUACA